UAUUGGAGUAAAGAAUGUGAGGGAAGAAAGACCAUUGUAAGAGAUCAUCCCAUACAGGAAUGUUACCCCUGUGCACUUCUAAUAUACAGAGGGAAGACAGAAUGCUCUUGAAAUUGGGCUUAGCGUUAAAGUUUUCCUGUAUUGAGUUCCAUCAUAGGGGCUCAAUACCGUUCCUGUAUUGAGUUCCGUCAUAGGGGCUCAAUAGCGAAAAAAAAAUAUAUAGGAAUUAUCCCCAUGCAUUCUGAACGGAGAGCAAUCCAUUCAGUAUGUAUCAGGAUGUCUUCCAUUCCUCUUACGGUAUUUGGCCGGAGAAAAUAACACAGAAAGUUCAGGAACACUUGCCUCGUUCGGCAUUAAUUUCUAUUGAAAUGUAUUAAUGCCGGAUCCAGUUUCCUGGCCUGCGUAUGCUUAGACUGUUAAAUCUGAAGAAAAAAAACCUGGAUCUGUUUUUCCGGAUGACACGAGGGAUCGGGUAUUGCACUGCAGUGUGAGACUGAUCCGCACCUGGAAACCAGUGAUAUCCGUUUACAUAUGGAUUGCCACACCCGGCAGGCAGUGGUCUGCCGGAUUCUUCUAAUGUAGAGAGUACCCUUAAAUUUCCAGCUGAGCAACAUUCAUGAAUUACAGACGACAUUUGCCCCCCAGGUUACUCACUUGUCUGGCGCAGUUAUCCAUGUCCUCUUCAAGUGCCAGGAUAGCCCACAGCAUAGAUGCUAAACACAUUCACAGGCCCCAAUGUAUGCCAGGAGUAUAUCCAGCAUGGCCAUACACAGUGGAGGCCUCCUUUGCAGAAGCACAAGAUGUGACCACAUUGUGGCAGUACAGGACUUGAAUUAACAGAGAGUGUGUGUGUGUGUGUGUGGUCGCUGGCAAUACUGGGGUGCAUCUGAGCACCUGCUUAACUACCGCAGGAUUUGGCAGAUUCCACAAUACGGGAAUCAGAGGUGCACAUGUCCCUAAAAUAAUCCCCACGGCCUGGGCGUAUACUGCAGCCUAUGGAAGAUGCCCAUGCCUCUAGAUGCACCUUCAGCAGCCCUCACACCUGGCGGAAAAAGUCCCCGCCAGUCCCCACACAUCACCCAUGUGACGUCGUUUUUAAAAGGUUGUCAAGUGCCAAAAAACAAAAAGGUCAUAAACAUAAAGGACCCCCAGUGACCAGCUGCUCCUCUGUUAGAACCGCAGGCCGGUCACAGACACAAGGCAGGCCCGCCACGACAUGCGCGAUAAAAGACUUCCUCUGCCACAACACAGAAGCGCAGGCGGCUUCGCAAACGCCGAGUAGCGUGCACAGCAUCCUGCGAGGUGGACGCUCGCCCCAUCCGCUACCAGCGCCGUCACAGGGGGCGGGGCAUACGGUCUAGCGCGCCCGGCCACACCCAAAUGCCGACGGGCUCCGUUCCCGCCCUUUUAUUUCCUCGACAAGAGCACGUACACCUACAUUUCGCGUCACCGGCCUCAGUCAUUUAAUAACGAGACGUCACCGGUAAGAACCUGCCAAUAACGAGACGUCACCGGUCUACUUCUAAUUGGAACCAGUCCACUCCCACCGCGGGACAAAAAGAUAGACCUUUAGAUAGAAGAUCGGUCUGUGCAUUGCAGGGCCUAAAAAAUCAUCAUGCUGCUGUGUGACUUGAAUGGCUCCUUCAUCAUUGAAACUAUGGUGGUCCGGAUAUCCAGCUGAAACUAGAUGAGUGAAGAUGCCUAGUGGGGUCACAUUUGGACGCAAGCGGCCUAUGCUUCCCUGCCCAAAUCCUUUAUUUCUGAAAUGGCUAACAGAGUGGAGGGACUCUGCUGCUGAGAAAGGGUUAAAAAUGCAAUUUGUGUAUCAAAAGGCCAUCAGCUCACUGAAGAAGUACCCUCUGCCACUUCAGAACGGGAAGGAGGCAAAAAUCCUGCAAAAUUUUGGAGACGGAAUUUGUAAGAUGUUGGAUCAACAGCUGGAAAAAUAUUAUGCAGAACAUGGACCCAAUGCUUCAAUUCAUUCUGUCCAUAUCAGCAAUGAUAAAAACAGAAACCCACAAAGAGCCACUUCUCCACCUCCUGCCUCAUCUGCCCUGGAAGGAGACAUGCCCAAAAAUCCACAUGAGGGACCAUCCCCUACAAAAAAGAAAAAGACAGCUGGAAAAAAGCAACGGGAGUAUGUUCCACAGAAGAGAUCAGGGGGCUACGCUGUGCUGCUUACCCUGUACAAGGAAAGCAAAAAUUCGAAUUCCAAAGGCUACAUGAGCAAAAAAGAACUGCAGAGAGAAGCUCAGCCUCUAUGCGACAAGUCAUUCACACUGACUGAUCCCAGUAAUAAAUACACAGCCUGGUCUUCUGUUAGCACAUUAAUUCAGAAGGAAUUGGUCAUCAAAACACACAGCCCAGCCAGAUAUUCUCUUACUGACCAAGGACUUGAGCUAGCGCAGAGAUUGGAAGCUGCUGAAGAACUGCUCGAAGACAGGAAUGAUGGUGUCAGUGAAGCAUGUAGCAUGACUUCUGAGGAAGAUCCAGAGGAGCGGGAUAACCUGAAUUAUACAGAAAAUACCCAAAAUGUAUUAGCUAUCUCUCACAAAACUGUUAGCCUGCCAUUCUCCUCGGUCAACCAUAGACAAUCGAGAGAAGAUCCUGCACCCAGCUCAUAUAACCAUAUACCAGAUUUCACUCUGCGGCCUGGCCAGUUUAAUGUUAUACUUUGUGUUGACUUCAUUGAAACCACAGGGGGUGCAGCACAUAGAAAACAGGAAUUGGUUUCAGAACUUAAAAGAAACGGAGUCAAUUUUGAUGUACGCAAACUACACAUUGGAGACUUUCUGUGGAUAGCACAAGAGAAAGUGCAACCAGUGCCAGGACAACUAAGAAUCCCACAAGCGCGGGAGGUAGUGCUGGAUUAUGUCAUUGAAAGAAAGAGAAUGGAUGACCUUUGUGGAAGUAUUAUAGAUGGUCGCUUUCGGGAACAGAAGUUCCGGCUAAAGAGAUGUGGUCUGCAUCACCCAAUAUAUCUAGUGGAAGAUUAUGGGUCAGCACAGCACCUAAGUAUUCCUGAAAGUACCUUACAGCAAGCUAUCGUGAAUACACAGGUGGUAGAUGGAUUCUUCAUCAAGCGUACAAAAGAUGUACGGGAGUCUGCUGCAUAUCUGACCAUAAUGACACGGUAUCUGCAGACAUUGUACUUGAACAAGACUUUAAUGAGCUGCACCAAAGAGGAAGCCAGUAAAUGUAACCGAGCGUUUCACUAUGAUGACCAAAGUUGCAUCCUCAUGGAGUUCAGAGACUUUAAUGAAGGGGCUAUGAAGAAUAAGGCACAGACUGUGAAAGAAGUGUUUGCUCGACAGCUGAUGCAGAUGAGUGGAGUUAGUGGUGAGAAGGCAGCAGCAAUACUGGAAAGAUACAGCACCCCAGCCAGCCUGCUUUCUGCAUAUGAAUGUUGUUCUUCCACCGAGGAGAAGGAGAAGUUGUUGUCAAAUGUGAAGUGUGGAAAGCUACAGAGAAAUCUUGGACCAGUCCUGAGCAAAACUAUAUCCCAGCUUUACUGCACCAAGGAAGCCUUGUCCUGAGGAAUGGUGACACAAUGCAACUUUACUGAGCGACGUGAAUUUCCAGCUUGAAUGUUGUGCAGUUAGUCUACCUCCCUGAAGAUGGUGUAAAUACUUUAGAGAUAGCCAUAGAUGAUUAAACUAUCAACCUAUUUUGAUCACGGAUACAAUCAUGAUUAAUACAAGAAAAGUGGAAAAUAUUCUUUUAGGAGGAUUAAAACGAUAAAAAAUCUGUACUGUGGAACUGCAUCUGUUAUCUUAACUCAAUAUUCACAAGUUGAAGCUCUGUGUGACUUUCCAAUCCAGUGUAGAGCUCUGAAAACACAGGUUUUUCAAACUUUUAUUGAGUCCAUAAGAGGUUACUCUUAUGGACUCACUGAAGUACCUUGCUGUAAGUAGUUAAUAGGAUCAUUCCCGUAGUAUGUCUUAAAUAGUAUUUUACCAUUGAGCACAUGCUAACAAAAAGUUCAAACCUAACUGUUUUUAGAAUACCUACCAUGUGAACCGACCCAUUCACAUGGAUGUACCUGCAGUAGACUUAGUGUGCUAAUAUUUUGGGGGCUUCUUGCCAAGUGGAACUGUUCAGUGUUUGAAAUCAUCUAGCUAUUCUGAACUGUUACUUAGGUCUACCUCAUUUUCUGAGACUUUGACCAUACCAGAGCAAACUAUAUCCCACUUUUAUUAGUCUGUACUUAUCAAGGACCACUUGAGUGUAUACUUCAAAUAGGUGUUUCAUUUUUCUAAUGUGAAUUUAAGAGGUAGAUUGUAAAAUCAAUGAUAUGUUGUACUGAUGCUUUAUUUGAAUAUGUCCUCAAAUUUUCUUAUUGUCAAUAAAAUAUU